AUGAGCGGAUCCGGCCCCGAGGCGCCCCAGCCCAGCGACGCCGAGGAGAUCCGGCUCCAAGAGGCCGAGCAGGACUGGGCGGCGGCCAAGGCUUUCUACGACAACCUGGUUUCCAAGAGACCCCGGCCGCCCAAGCCCCAGCACGCCAUCACGGUAGCCGUCUCCUCCCGAGCCCUCUUCGAUCUGGUGGAGGAGCGGCGGAUCUACGAGGAGCAAGGGGUAGAGAAGUACGUGGAGUACCAGCAGAACAACGAGAACGUCACCCUGAAACCCGGACCGGCUUUCUACUUCGUCAAGGCCCUGGAGCAUGUCAAUGCUCGGCUUCUUGAGCUGUACCCUGACGAUGAAGAACGGUUUGAUAUUGUCCUGAUGACUAAUAACCAUGCCCAAGUGGGCGUGAGACUGAUAAACAGCAUCAAUCACUAUGGCUUAACAAUUGAACGCUUCUGUAUGACGGGAGGAAAAAGCCCUAUUGGUUACCUGACUGCGUAUCUUACCAACUUGUACCUCUCAGCAGAUUCUGAAAAAGUGCAAGAAGCGAUAGAAGCAGGCAUCGCAUCAGCUACAAUGUUCACUGCCAACAAAGAUGUUCCUUACUCGGAUACACAGUUGAGAGUGGCAUUUGAUGGGGAUGCAGUUCUCUUUUCUGAUGAAUCAGAACAGAUUGUCAAAGAGCAAGGAUUAGACAGAUUUUUUGAACAUGAACAGCUGAAUGAAAAUAAGCCUCUUGCACAGGGUCCUUUGAAAGGUUUUCUGGAAGACCUAGGGAAACUCCAGAAGAAGUUUUAUGCAAAAAAUGAACGAUUAAAUUGUCCCAUAAGGACCUUCCUGGUCACAGCCAGAAGUGCGGCGAGCUCUGGAGCCAGAGUGCUGAAGACUCUUCGUAGCUGGGGCCUGGAAAUUGAUGAGGCACUUUUCCUAGCAGGAGCUCCUAAAGGACCAAUCCUGGUGAAAAUCCGCCCUCACAUAUUCUUUGAUGACCAGAUGUUUCACGUUGAAGGAGCACAGAAAUUAGGCACCAUAGCUGCGCAUGUUCCCUAUGGCGUUGCACAAAAAUACCACAAAUCUGCGUAACAUGACAGCAUCGUUAGCAAUAAUGUUCUUAAUUCAGCCAGCCUCUAAUGUACAAUUACCUAUGUCU